CCUGUGACUCAGAGGGAAGAAACAAGCUGCAGUUAGAGGCGGAGCCACAGCUGAGGGAGGAGAGCUUCAGCGUCACUCUGAAGAAAUGAAACUUAAAGUUUGUCAGGGUGUCGGCCACGCAGCCGUCCAGAAAGGUCUCCGUUUCUCUUCAAAGAAAUUAAACUAACUUCAUCCAAUCUUUGUCAACGACACAGCAGAGUCUCUGCAAACACAGAUAUGGCUGCUGCAAACUAUCAUCGGUCUGAGGAUCAGUUUCUCUGCUCCAUCUGUCUGGAUGUGUUCAAUGAUCCUGUCACCAUACCAUGUGGACACAACUUCUGCAAAAACUGCAUCACUGAACACUGGAACACCAGCGACCAGUACAAGUGUCCAUUGUGUAAUAAGGUUUUUAACACAAGACCUGAGCUGCACGUCAACACUUUCAUCUCUGAGAUGGUUGGUCAGUUCAGAGACAAAGCUCAGCAGGAAGCCAGCAGCAGCAGCUCAGAGCUACAAGAGUCCAAACCAGGAGAAGUUCUCUGUGACGUCUGCACUGGAACCAAACAGAAGGCCCUGAAGUCCUGCUUAGACUGUCUGGUCUCCUACUGUGAGACUCACCUGGAGCCUCAUCUGACAGCUUCACGUCUGAAAAGACACCAGCUGAUCGACCCUGUGGAGAACCUGGAGGACAGGAUGUGUACGAAGCACGAUAAACCUCUGGAGCUGUUCUGUAAGACCGAUCAGACCUGUGUCUGCAUGCUCUGCUCUGUUUUAGACCACCAGACACACAAGUUUGUUCCUCUGAAAGAAGAAUAUGAAGAAAAGAAGACAAAGCUGGAGGAGACAGAGGCUGAAAUUCAGCAGAUGAUCCAGAAAAGACGACUGGAGAUUCAAGAGAUCAAACACUCAGUGGACCUCAGUAAAGACGAUGCAGACAGAGAGAUGGCAGAAGGUGUUCGAGUCUUCACCGCUCUGAAGGAGUCUGUUGAGAGAGGUCAGGCCGAGUUCAUCGACACGAUCGAAAAGAAGCUGAAAACAACAGAGAAACAGGCCGAAGCUUUCAUCAAAGAGCUGGAGCAGGAAAUCUGUGAGCUGAUGAAGAGGAGCACUGAGGUGCAGCAGCUCUCACGCUCUGAAGACCACCUCCAUCUAAUCCAGAGAGUCCAGUCUGUUAACUUUGCUCCACCCACCAAAGACUGGACAGAGGUUAAUGUCUGUCAACCACUUUAUGAGGAGACUGUGAGGAAAGCUGUGGCUCAGCUGGAGGAGACUCUCAGUGAAGAGAUGAAGAAGUUGUUGGUUCCAGCUGAGCUGAAGCGAGUCCAGCAGUAUGCUGUGGAUGUAACUCUUGAUCCUGAUACAGCACAACCAUAUCUCAUCCGGUCUGAUGAUGGGAAACAAGUUCAUCAUGGUGAUGUGAGGAAUCUACCAGACAACCCACGGAGAUAUUCUUCCUUACCUUAUGUUUUAGGACAGCAGAGUUUCUCUUCAGGCAGAUUUUACUUCGAGGUUCAGGUUACAGGAAGGACUAGUUGGAAAUUAGGAGUGGCCAGAAAGUUGAAUAAAAGGAAGGGAGAAAUCACAGUGCUUCUUGAAAAAGAUGUGUGGGAUAUAUGUUUAAAAAAUGGAAAUGAGUACAAAGCUCGUGAAGCUCGUCUCUCUCUGAAGUGUCGGCCUGAGAAGGUGGGGGUGUUUGUGGAUUAUGAGGAGGGUCUGGUCUCCUUUUAUGACGUUGGUGCUGCAGCUCUGAUCUACUCUUUUACAGACUGCUCCUUUAGGAGGAAACUCUUCCCUUACUUUAGUCCUGGUCUGAAUGAAGGAGAUAAAAACUCUGCACCUCUGAUCAUCUGUCCUGUCAAAGUUACCGUAAAAUCCGGAAUAUAAGUCGCACCGGUAUAUAAGACUGUUUUGAAGGUCUCUUAAAGAGAAAAAAAAGUUUAAACUGUUUUCUUGCGUGACGAUUUAUAUUGUGUUCAGCAAUGUCUACAAUGUGCAGUUUCUGUGCAGCUGCGUCAUUCUUUUAGUUCCGUCUGUUUUCACGUUCACGUAAGCUGUGAGGCGCAGACUCCUAGCUUGCGAGUCGCGCUGCCCGACUUGGCUCGUCACUCUUUAACUUUAAUAUAGGACUCUUUCAAUCAAAAGAACACUCCACAAGGUUUAUUUACGGAACAAUAUACCACUGUUUCUGUAAAUGUAGAUUAUGACCUUGUGAGGGAGAAAAGAUGUGGAAAAAGUCGCGCAGCCAGCCUGGUCUGUGUCGCCGUCUUUCCCAGCACACCGUGCACUCAGCUUUCAAUACACAAUGAAUGGGGAUGGGUUUUUAAUCACGUCAGGUCGCAGUGAUAGGGGCUGCUGCACCCGCGGUAAUGAUGGCGCGUGUUUCAGUAUUUUAUACUGGUAUAUUGGUCGCACCGGUGCAUAUGAUGCAGCCAACUUUUAAGACGAAAAAAUAGGUAUUAAAAGUGCGUCUUAUACACCAGAUUUUACAGUAAAUAACCAUUUCUCUGAUUGCUCGUUUCAUCAAAUUGAACAAAGAUGCAUGUUUGGUGGCAACGACUUAUAUUUUAUAUCUUAAAAUCAGCAGAAGGUAUUCACUGUGAUUGAUUUAAAGUUUACCCAUUACACAGAGCUGCCAAGUGUCACGCUUUGACGGUGAGUCAGGCAGUUGAGCAUCUUCACACGGUCAUAUGCUAACCAUCCUAUUUCACACGGUGAUAAUCAUAAAUUGCCCCUUUUGACAUUUUUCCUCCUUUAAUAUAUUUCCUUACUUGCUGCUUGCCGUACUCGGGGACCUAUUCUGCCUGUGACUGGCUUACCCAGAAACAAUCAUCAUCAGUCCUCAUGCCUAAAUCUAACCAACCAAUCAGAGACAGACUGUCUAACUUUCAAAAACUUGUUAAUUGGCAAUGUUUUGGUCCCUUCUAACGACCAGACAAGGCAAAAAGCCAAUCACAGUGUAGGAUUUUUGGGGUGGCCAAUCAGAUUUUAAGAGUGACCCAUGUCACCCCUGGCCACCUGUCUGGGCACGCCGCUGCCCAGAACCAAUCAUCAUCAGUCCUCAUGCCUAAAUCAAACCAACCCAACGAAAGGCAACAAGUACCAACUAAUCAGAGGCAGAGUAGGGCGGGUCAUGCGGUCCAUAGCAGCAACGAUCCAGAGGAACCUAUGAGACGAGUGCUCAGGAGCUUUCAGGAAGACACCUGGUUAGUAAUUUAAAUGGUACAUGAAAAUUUAGCAAAGGUCUUUAAGCAAACAUGAACCACAUCACCACAGUCUCAUCUUAAUGUGAACUUUGUGGAUUCAUUGUAGUCACAACUUACUGAUCACUGACAUUGUUUGAACUACAUCCUGAAUCCUAGGAGGCUGGAGGAGAAACUCCAGGUGAAAGUCCUACAUAUAUCUAUUUUAAGUUUGUUUUUUAAUGUGCAUGUGUAUAAAAAGUAAAAUAAUAUAUUAGUGUGUCAUACAGAAAACAGAUUAUUCUAUUAUGUUAAAAUCAUGUUUCAACAGUUAUUGCAAAGUUCAUCAAGAGAUUGAUUUCUGUGAUUCCUGAUCAGUGUUGAUAAAUCUUUGUCUUUUAUAUUCUGAUUUAAAAAAAGUAUUUUCAAUCAAUAAUGUGAUUCUUUUAAAAUAAAAAAACUAUCUUUUUGCACCAUCA